UACAUAUCGAUUCGCCACCACACCGCCCCUGUUUCCCACCCGCCACUUCCGAUCUCUCCCGUUCCCUCUCUGCUCGCCACGCGCCGCACCAAGCCACAUGGCUCCUGCCACGGCCGCCGCCGCCGCGGUCACUAGCCUCCUCCCCGCCGCGGCCUCGCGGCUCCCCUCGGCCGCCGCCGCCUCCUCCUCCUCCUUCGUGCGGCUCCCGCACCUCUCGACGGCUUGGUCUGGGGCCUCCGUCGCGGCGCCGCGGACGCGCAGGCGGGCGCCCGGCGUCGCCUACGCUACCGCAGCCACCGAAAAGAGCAUCUACGACUUCACCGUUAAGGACAUUGAUGGAAAAGAUGUUCCUCUUAGCAAGUUCAAGGGAAAGGUUUUGCUAAUUGUUAAUGUUGCUUCUCAAUGUGGGCUGACAACAGCAAACUACACUGAACUAUCUCAUCUCUAUGAGAAGUAUAAGACUCAAGGGUUUGAGAUUCUGGCAUUUCCAUGCAACCAAUUUGGUGCACAAGAACCUGGAUCAAAUCCACAGAUAAAGCAGUUUGCAUGUACAAGGUUUAAAGCCGAAUUCCCGAUUUUUGACAAGGUUGAUGUCAAUGGACCUAAUACAGCCCCUAUUUAUAAGUUUUUGAAGUCUAGUGCUGGAGGAUUUUUGGGUGAUUUAGUCAAGUGGAACUUUGAGAAGUUCUUAGUGGACAAAAAUGGCAAAGUUGUGGAGAGAUAUCCACCUACAACUUCACCGUUCCAGAUUGAGAAGGACAUCCAGAAACUCGUUGCGGCAUAAGUAAUUCCAAGUCUCUCUUCAGUUGAGUAUCUGUAUAUAGGCUAUAUAGGCCUUGUCUUAAGUCGAAAGUUCUACGUAAUUAUAUUUUUUUCUGUAAUGUAUUAUUUCUUAUCUUGUAAAAUAAUUCAAUGAUUAUCUAUACGUACAUAUAGAUGUAACAUGAGACUAUAUUAGUCUUUAGACUAUCAAAUAUGGAGUUCAUUCCCCUAA